GGGCGUCCUGAGCGGAAAGCGGCUACGUUUACGUGUUUUAAUCCAACUAAACAAAGGAGUAGUUUGCGGAGCCGCUUGUUUAAAUAUUUGUCUCUCCCAUCCACCGAGAUUUUUUUUUCAAGGCUUGGACCUUUAAUCAUGAAGAUGCGCUAGGAUUCUCCCUCUUUUCUUUGACGCUCCACUAAAUUGUCAUCCGGAGGAGCAAGCGAGCUACUUUUACGGAAAUGUCUGCCGUGCACCUGCCGAGGAUGAUCGGACUCCUCGUCCGUCUUUACCGUGGAUUCCAGAUGGAGGAAUAUUGGCUUUGACAUGCCCGGUUGUCGUGGUGCAUGUGAGAAGUGUUUAGCUCGGAGCCCGGCGUGAUGACAGCCGAGCGCCCCUCCUCUCCCGGGACUUGAAUAAAAAGGCGCUCCCACACUCAGCCUCACUUUUUCCCCCCAAGAUGGAGCUGUGACAUGUUGACGUCUCCCCACCCGCUUAUUACCUCCAACGCCGAGCGUGGGACGUCAAAGUGCCCGACGCGGAUGAUCCCUACCGAGGGGAGGAUUUGUGGAGAUAAUCGCCAGACUGCUAUUUUGUGUCCUCUUAAGUGAAUUUUUUUUUUGGGGGCGACAUGAACCCCGAAGCGGCGUCACUUCUCCACGCUGUUGUUGCCACCGCGCGAGCAGAGGCGGUCCACGGAGUGUAAAGUAACUAUACGUCCCCGCUACUAGCCGCUCCACGCAGUCCCGGAUACGUUCUGACUCUCACUCGGGCCGCCAACGGAGGAUGUUGGAGUCAGGAUGCUUCGCUUCCCCGUGAAGAAGAUCCGGAAGCAGUUCAAGCUGCUGCUGCUUCUGGUGCUGCUCACCUCCGCCGUGUGGUUCACUUACCUGCACAUUCACCAGGGGAAGACCAUCAAACUCCACUUUAACUACGGGAAAGAUGGAGAAAGACAGACGGAGGGAACAGACACCGGUCGCAAGAGGGACACUCGCUCCUCAGCUAGCCACCACAAGAAUGAGGACACCAGCGACAGCAGGGAAGACGAGGCGGCGGAUGACGAGCCACUCGCAGGAGUGCCCAACAGCAGAGACCAUGCCCACAUCCGCAAGUUUCUUACUGAGCACCAUAAGACGUCGCCAUGGAAACCAGAGUACAAGGGCCAGGCCAACCUCCAUGUGUUUGAGGACUGGUGCGGCUCCUCUAUUGCCCAACUCCGAAAAAACCUUCACUUUCCCCUCUAUCCUCACACCAGAACGACAGUGAAGAAGCUGGCCGUUGCCCCGAAGUGGAAGAAUUAUGGCCUGAGAAUCUUUGGAUUCCUUCACCCUUACAGAGACGGGGAUUUCCAGUUCUCAGUAUCAUCUGAUGAUAACUCAGAGUUCUGGCUGAGUCCUGAUGACAGCCCCCUCAACGCCCGGCUGCUGGUAUUUGUGGGACAGCUGGGUACAGAGUGGACCGCUCCAGGCGAGUUCAGCAAGUUCAGGUCUCAGUCCUCCAAGUCUGUGCAUCUCAUGUCAUCCAGAAGAUACUACUUUGAGAUUCUGCACAAGCAGGAUGACAAGGGUUCGGAUCAUGUGGAAGUUGGGUGGCGUCCAUUCCUCCCUGGUCUGAAGUAUGAAGUCAUAGACUCUGCCUACAUUUCACGUUAUGCAGAUGAGUCCAGUUUCAAGAUGAACAGUAUAGGUCACAUCCCUCAAACCUUUGCCAGUCACCUCCGUCUCCCGGAGGAGUCGCUACCCUGGAAGGUGGAAGGGGGUGGUGUACUGCAGCACGGAGCAGACAUGCUGAAGCCCGACCCCAGGGACACCUUUUACAACAUUCCUAUGAUCGACCCCUCCCGCCUGGAAAAUGUCCUGCCCGCCUGUCUUUACUCUCCCACCUAUGUGGUCAAAGACUUCCCCAUCGCCAGAUACCAAGGCCUACAGUUUGUGUAUCUGUCUUUCGUCUACCCAAAUGACUUCACACGGCUCACACACAUGGAGCGAGAGAACAAAUGUUUCUACAGAGAGUCCCCAAUCUACUUGGAGAAGUUCGGUUUCUACAAAUAUAUGAAGAUGGACGAGGAGGAAGAUGACAGGCCAUUCUUCUUUCCCAACCCCGAUGAUUUCCUUGAGGAGGAAGAGAGGGUGGAUGUGGAGGACGAGGCAGAGAUUGUUGGCACGCCGACCCCCAAGAAGCCACCUCAUUACAGUCAGACGAGCCGCACCUCUAAACCCUUCCAUCAGCAACCUCAACCUGGGCCUACAUUUGCAGGCAAAGAAGGAGAGAAUGAGGAAGGAAUGGACAGAGAGAGGAUACACUUUCCUUACAGAGAUGAGGAGAGUGAAAGUGACAGACACAGGAAAAGAGCUCAAAUAAGGACUAACAGAAGUCAUGAUGAAACCAGAGAGGGGUUGCCAGAACUCCAGCCGAGGAUGCGUCACCCUGACACUGAUGGAGUUAUCCCAGGUCGCUCCUUAACCUGGAUCCCUAACAGCCCGGCACAGCUCAGCCCCAACAGCAAAAGUGGUGGAGAUAAAGAAGUUGAGACUCCACCUAAACUGUCCAAAUCGUCACUACUUUUCCCUAAAAAGUCCUCCAUCUCCGCCCUUACGAGUCGUGCCAAACAGAUCCUGACCAACUCCGCCCGCAGCAACAAUGUCCAGGACAACAACAACAACCUCGUUGGAAAGAAGAAGGAGGAGAACAAGAUCUACAUCACCAGGCCUCGUCCCAACAGGGAGCGAGAGAAGGAGAGAGAGCAACGACGAGAGAGGAGGGAGGAGAGGGCAUCUCGUCAUCCGAGAGAAGUCUUUCCAGGAGUUUUUCUGUACCAAACAGGGAAAACCACCAGAUUGGUCAAGCUUGGAGGCCAGGGGAAUGCCGGGGGGGUGAAAACGGAUGGAAGAAGUCCAGGAAAUUCCCCUCAGCUGUGGCCCAAUCCCCCUAUAAAAGAUGGAAAGGUAUCUCUUCACAAUGGAAGCAUUAAUAAUCAAAAUGAAAGCAUUCUCAGGUCUGCUGCAAAACAGUUCAAUGAAAGCCACAGAAAAGCAGGCAAUCGCCAUUUAAAGAUCACUUCUAGUCCUCCCAGUAAAGGUGAGCCAAGAACCCCGCUGUCUCAUCACCAAGACUCGGCCAAGACCUCACCCCACUGGCUGAACUCCUCUGAAAACCCGCACGGUGAACUGCGGGUGACGUCUUACCUCAGGACCACCGAGAUCACAGAGUCGCAGCUGGACGCCAACCUGGCAGAGCUGGAGCACGACACGAACCGCUCUCAUCCAGACCCAGAGCCGGAGGAGGGUGAGAUGUCGGAUUACAGUUACGAGGAGGUUGAGGCGCGGCCGGGCUGGGCCGAGGAGAGCAUCAACUGGCAAAGGACCUUCUCGGUGAAUCCCAUGGACUUUGAGCUUCUGCGCUCAGACUGGAACGACCUGCGCUGCAACGUGUCUGGUAACCUGCAGCUGGCGGAGAGCGAGGUGGUGGACGUGCUGGCACAGUACAUGGAGAAGCUCAACGAACGCAACGGAGGGAUUUAUACGUUGUUGCGAAUCAUCAACGUCGAGAAGCGGCGGGACUCUGCUAGAGGCAACCGCUAUCUGGUGGAACUGGAGCUGAUGGAGAGAGGCCGCAGUGUAGUGCGUUUGUCUGAGUACGUUUACCUGCUGCUCCACCGGGGGAGGCAGGUAGACGAAAGCCUGGAGAACUCUGAGACUGCUCCGGCCUCCGCGCCGGCCUCCGACCCUGUUCCUGCUACGUCCAACCUUAGCUCCUCGUCUCACCAGCCCUUGACCAGACCUCCAUCGCCGCCCGCAGCCACGCCCUGGAGCACGGCCUAUGCUAAACCUCUUCUCUGCCAGCCAGUCAUGCUGCAGUGGAGAAAAGACGUGAUGGUUCACUUUGUGGUACCAGUGAAGAACCAAGCUCGCUGGAUCCAGCAGUUCAUUUCGGACAUGGAGAAUCUCCACCAUCAGACCAAGGAUGACAAUUUCAGCAUCAUCAUUGUGGACUUUGACAGCAAUGACAUGGAUGUGGAGCAGGCGCUUCGAGACAGCAGUGUGCCAAGAUAUGAGUAUCUUAGGAGAGAAGGGAACUUUGAGCGCUCAGCGGGCCUGCAGAUUGGAGUAGACACCAUUGAGGAUAGCCACAGUAUCGUGUUCCUGUGUGACCUCCACAUCCAUUUCCCCCCCAACAUUUUGGAGAGCAUCAGGAAGCACUGUGUUGAAGGACGCCUCGCUUUCGCUCCCAUCGUCAUGAGACUUGGCUGCGGCAGUUCACCGCUGGAGCCUGACGGUUACUGGGAGGUGAAUGGAUUCGGGCUGUUUGGAAUUUACAAGUCUGAUUUUGAUAAAAUUGGAGGGAUGAACACAGAAGAAUUCAAAGACCGCUGGGGUGGAGAAGACUGGGAGCUUCUGGACAGGGUGUUGCAAAAUGGUCUGGAAGUGGAGCGACUACGCCUGCGAAACUUCUUCCACUACUACCACUCCAAACGUGGCAUGUGGAAUGCCCAAAACAAGAAGGCUCCCAAGGGAUAGUGCUCACUCUAAAAUGUUACUGCACAUCCACUGAGUGUGUGUGUGUGUGUGUGUGUGUGUGUGUGUGUGUGUGUGUGUGUGUGUGUGUGUGUGUGUGUGUGUGUGUGUGUGUGUGUGUGUGUGUGUGUGUGUGAGUGAGAGAGAGCGGGGAGAGCUCGCUCACUGCCUAUUUUCAGGGAAGCCUCUGCUUCUCGUAGACUCGUCCGUUUGGGGUAAACAAAGUCCCAACGUGAACUUGGGAGGCGAGCUGUUUACACCGAAUCUCGAGGGUAAGCGGAGUACUUUCUUUCCCGCUGCCCUUUUACUAGUGCAAUCUUUUCAAAAUAUUUUUUGGUGUGUUUGAAUGUGCUGGUGUAUAUAUAUAUAUGUAUAUAAGUGUGCGUGCGGCUGUAGGCGAAGAUGAAAGAAAGCACCUUUUUUCUAACGAGGAGAUGCGCACCUCAGAGUUUUUUGGGUGGUGUGGUCGCACAAUGAGAAUGUGUCAUGGCGCUAAACACCAUCAAGACAUCAGACAUAGAAUCUGUGAGGACUUCCGUUAAUGAUCCCUGCAAACAUUAGACUUCUCUACUCUCACUCUUUUAGUCAGCCUCUCUCUUCGGCGGUUUUGUACACGUGGAGCUUUCUCUAAAGUGGAAAUGUUAUUGGAGAAAAACAUUUGCAAAUGUGUGUCUCAAUCCGUGUAAUCAUACCAAUGUGUGGGUGUGUGUGUGUGUUCUAAUGUGUGUGACUGUUUAGAUUGUGUGCGAAACACAAAUCUGUGGUUUCUCUCCCUCAAAUCAAAUUUGGAUGGUGGGUGUUGCUGAUAGUCCAUACCAGACUGAGACUUUUUACUUAGAAAUGUCAUGAUCAUUAAAUAAUUAAAAAUAACGACAAAAAACAAAAACUGUUUUAAAUUGUGACAAGGCACACACAUAUA